AUGCUACUUUCCAUGAUAUCAAGUUCUCCCACAUUUGGAAAUUGGGAUAUCACAAAACAAUUUAUGGCAGCUCAAUUUUUUUUAUCUCAAGAAAAAUCUCUAUCAAUUAAUGAAACUCAAAGAAUGAUCCUUGGAGCUUUUCACAUGCAGGCAACUUAUGGUCCUUGGAUCCCAGGUGUCCUUUUACCUGAUUUGCAAGGUUAUAAUACAUCAAGUAAGAGAAAAUGAGAAGAAGAAUGAAAAAAGCUUGGCAAUAUGCCUAGGAUAAUUUGUAUGAGAAAAUUUUUAUACAUUUAUUGUUAAUAUCCUCUAUUACAAUUUCCUUAGUUCUUAGUCGAGAUUAUUGAAAAGCUCUCUAUGAUACCUUAAAAAGUAUUUAUCUAUGCCUUGCUUCGCUACUGCCUACUGAUCGGAUAUGCUCCAUCAGAAUUGGCUCUCACACUAGCUCAAGGUAGCGGAUAGGUCAUUGUGCCAUACGCAUGAUCUGCCCUAUCAGAAAAUUCUAAAAACGAAUUCUCUUGCUGAAGUGUCGAUCAAGAUGGAGUCUGCUGCCUAAGGAGCAAUUUACCGCAUCCCUGCAAGAAUUAUCCCAUUGGUUUGGAGGACUCUACUAGAUCUUCCCUUUCGAGCUCCGAGCAUCAUAUUCCCCAGAGGUAAAACCUUAGCCUGAAAUGAGCUACAAUGAGCCUAUUCCAACGAUGCACUUAGCCAAACAAGCACCAUCCUCCCUUCCACAAGAUCCCUGGCGUUUAUCAGCUCCAGGUGCUUUUGGUGAAUUGGUUCGCCGUGCCAUUUUAAUGUAUCCUAUUAUAAUUUUCAUAGCAAUUAAUAGUAAAAAUUCAUAAUAAAAUGUAUAGAAUUUCUGACAAAUAUUUUUCCGAAUUGGUCUAAGCAUCCCUCGCUUUAUACAGUUUUUGAGCUUGAAUGAAACAGGAGUGAAUUAGGCUGCUCUUCACAUUCAAGUUCACAAAAGAGACUUAAAGAUAUUUCGAGAGACCCAUUGAAAACAUAUACAAGUUAUGGAUCUUAUGAAUCUUCUCCAAAGAAUAGCUUAACUCCUAAACAAGGCAAACAAAGACUUUUUAAAAGAUUUUCUGGGUAUUCCCAUCCUAUGUUUAAAAUCAAUGACCAGAAAAUGGAAAAAAACUCUUUACCCCUUCUCAGUAGGAGCAAGUUUGUUUAUGCUCACUAGAGAGACUUUUUAUAUAUAAAGAAUCUUUCCGAUUUAAGAAUCCAUAUUUUAAAUAAUUGAAGAUUUAUGUAUAGAAUGAUAGCUAUCAAAUAUUUAAUAUAAUUUGCUGAGAUCUCAUCAUAAAUUAUUAAAUAUGUUAUAAAAAGAAUUAUAUUAUAAAAAUAUUUUUAGCUAGCUAAAGAAGUGGUAAAUUUUUUAAUAGUUCUGAUCGCUAGCCAUGUGGGAGUUAGGAGAAGUUCAUGAGACAAUAAGCACACUCAGGAAAAAUACCAUUUCUAGAGUUACAAAGACAUCUAGAAAAGAUAUAGCCUAGGAGCUCCUUAGAUGGUCUUGUGCAGGGAGAAUGCUGAGUAACUCUCCGAGUUCUCCAACUUAAAGUUGACGAACCAACUAGGGUAUUUUCAAAUGUCCUCUAGUCAGGCUUAUUUAUUAACUCCCAAAGUUGGCUAUUCAACUUGAAGUUUAAGAACCAACCCAAGGAGUUGUCAGCAUUUUUUCCAGCCCAUGAUAUCUAAAAGACUUCCUAGCUAUAAUUUAUUAUCUCUCCCCACAGCUGAAGAAACCAGAGAAACUUUAAAACCCCGACAAGCAUCCCCCGUGCUUAAAGAAUUUUUUCACAAACUAAAAACUACACAAGACAAAUAUGGAAAUAUCAAGAAAAAAGAGUCUUAUCCAACACAAACAGAAGAUAGCUUUUCUGACGAAUUAAAACCUGGGCUAGACGCCUGCAUAGAAAACAUCCAAAUCUAUUUAAGCUCACUUGAAGAAAAAUCAUACAAUAAAUAUGAAGGCAACAUGCAGACUUCUAUAGAAAAAGCUUUCAAAAAUUAUGAAACAGAAAUCGUCGAAUGCUUAUUACGCCCAAAACUGGAAUUAAUUGGAGGAAUUCUCGAAGAGCUUGAGUCGAAAUUCCGAGAAGAAUUAAACCCAAAAGCUGAAGUCAUUGCAAAAAUAAAAGACAAAUAUUCAGAAACCGUGAAUUAUGUAUUUGAAUAUAUUGAAAAAUUGGAUUACGCUAAAACACAGAUGAAAGAGCAUUCAUUAAAAACAGAGCAGCAAUGAGAUUUAUUAAGAAAAGGCAUAAAUUCAAUAAAAGAGCUGAAAGACCCUGCUAAUCAUAAAUUCAAUUUAUUUGGGAGCUCGAAACCGUCUAUAGGAUUUUAUACUGAUUGUGCCCAUAUAAGCAAAAAAGGACUACCACAAGAAGAUGUAGAUAUUCUGACAGAGCUAGAAAGUAUUAUAGAGCAGCAUGAAUCCAAAGAAGCAGGGUUAAUAAAAGAAAUCGAGCAGAGAGACUUAGAAGUGGCGCAUUUAAAACACAUUUUAAAGGAAACUCAACAAAAAUCGUAUAAAGAUAACAUAGAGCUUUCUAAUCAGUGCAGAAUUAUGAAAGAAAGCAUUGAUUUAAUCCAAGGAAAACAUGAAACUGAUAGCGCAACAGAAGGCAUCUUAAAGCGACAAGUUAUUGAGCUUAAACUUGAAAAUGAUCGAUUAAAGAACGAGAAAUUUCAAUUGUUUGAGUUAACGCGUAAUAAAUAA